AAACAGCCAACUGCAACCUGCUUAGAGAAUCUCAUUCUAUCUCUCUGACCACACCACAGACCUUUCCCCUUCCAAAAAAGAAAUCAAAAUUUUUUAAAUUCCAAACUAGAAAUUAAAAAACUACUAAACCCCUCUGCUUCAUCAUCAACAUCAUCAUCUCAGAUUCUCAUUCUUAGUGUUUUUUUUAGUUCCAUCAGAAUCAGAAUAUCUGGUAUGAUGGGCUCAAACUCACUCCCAUUUCAAAUCCAAAUCCAAAUCCCAAUCUCUUUAGCCAACCACACCCCCACUCCUUCCCUUCCUCCACUUCCUCUUUGUCCCUCACUACGACGUCGUUAUGAGGCCCGCGGCCUCGCCAUCCACCCCCGCCGCGCGGCGUCUACUCUCGCCUUCUCCGCCGGCGCCGGCGUCGCCAACUCCGUGCCGAGAAAUGGAAACUACACCGUCGGCGACUUCAUGACCACCAAAGAGCACCUACACGUCGUCAACCCCUCCACCACCGUCGACCAAGCGUUGGAUUUUCUGGUGGAGAAGCGAAUUACCGGCUUUCCUGUGGUGGAUGAUGACUGGAAGCUGGUUGGUGUUGUUUCGGAUUACGACUUGUUAGCAUUGGACUCCAUAUCUGGAGGAAUACAAGGUGGUAGUCAACAUGACCCAGAAAUCUUUCCUGAUGUGGACAGUUCUUGGAAGACUUUCAAUAAAAUACAGAAACUGCUUAGCAAAACCAAUGGAAAAGUUGUUGGUGACUUGAUGACAUCUGCUCCACUCGUUGUUCGUGAAACCACCAACCUAGAAGAUGCUGCUAGGUUGUUGCUUGAAACAAAAUAUCGCCGACUGCCAGUUGUAGAUAGUGAUGGCAAGCUGGUUGGGAUCAUUACAAGGGGAAAUGUUGUUAAAGCUGCCCUACAGAUUAAACGUGCUAGUGAAAAAUUAGCUUAGUGCAGGGGAACAUCAUUGGAACUCAAUAGACAUGCAUAAUGAGCUAACUAAAGAUUUAUGAACUCAAACAUGUCACCAUUAUUUCUGCAGCAAGCGGGCACAGCCUGUUGUUGCAUCGAUUUAUUAAGAGAGCCAAUUAUGGCAUAAUAGAUUGCACUAUAACAGGGCCGUCGUUGUAUUUUUCAUGAAAUAUAUAUGUAUAUUUUAGGCUUGUAAUUGAUCAACAUUGUAUAGGUCCUCUAGGAUCAGACCUAAAUUUUGUAUUAUAAUUUAUAAGUGAUUUCUUAUAUUCAUAGGUUAUUAUGACCUAGAA